UCUGAGCGGAGGAGGCCACAUCUGUUCUUCGAGCUUUGUUUAGAAACCCGUAAAACAGUCAAUUUUAUAACUUUUUUUCCCACAUUAAUACCACUCAUCUUUGAAUUUAACAUUAGCAUUUGAUCAAGAAUUUCUUUCUCAAACUUUUUUUUUGAGAACGCUAAAAAUUUAAGAUACUACUUCAAUCUGAGACUCAAAAGACUGAAAACUAAAAUAAGAGAAAUUAGCAGGUGUUUUGGAUGCAGGACAAAGAAAAGUGAAGCUACAAGAGACCUACACUGUUUCACCUACAGCACCCGUCUGCUGCUUUUCCGCAAUGAUCUUCGUCCUAUAACCGAAACAAGGACAUCCUCCUGACUGGACACCAUGAUGGCCUGCUUUGAAAGUUACACUGACACACAAAAAAAAAGAAACGUCCUGAUCUUUACAUGAACUACAAUUCGUAAAUUAAGCUACCACUGAUAUUCAUUGUGUGGCAGAAUUCUCAGCUCACAAUGGAAACUUUUGCAGCUCUUCUUCUCCUUUGAGGACUUCUAACCUGGACUCCAAUUAGAAAAAAACAAAAAAACAAAACAGAAGCACAAAUUCUCACAGCUUCAAAAUGAUGAAUGGGACGACUGGGACGUCUGUGAAGUGUGUACUUGUCGGCGACUGUGCUGUGGGCAAAACGGCAUUGCUGGUCCGCUUCACCUCUGAGACAUUCCCUGACAGCUAUAGGCCCACCGUCUACGAAAACACAGGUGUAGAUGUUUUCAUGGAUGGCGUCCAGAUCAGCUUGGGAUUAUGGGACACAGCAGGAAAUGACACGUUCCGCCAGAUCCGCCCCAUGUCCUACCAGCAAGCUGAUGUAGUCCUGCUGUGCUACUCAGUAGCAAACCCGUCCACACUGGCCAGCAUCCAACAGAAGUGGAUAGCAGAAGUGCGAGAAUAUCUGCCUCGUGUGCCUGUCCUGGUGGUGGGAACUCAGACAGACCACCGGGAAAUGGGGCCAUAUCGUGACCGCUGCACCACACCAUCAGAAGGCAAGAGGGUUGCUCAUGCAAUUCGAGCUAAAGGAUACCUGGAAUGCUCUGCACUCGUUAAUCGUGGCAUUCAGCAAGUGUUCGAGUGUGCUGUGCGCACGGCCGUCAACCAGGCACGCAAGCGAACACGACGGAGACUCUUUGAUCUCAAUCCGUGCCAAAUCUCUUGAGGACCUGCUUCAACUAAGAGUUACUCAAACCCUUUAAAAAGGCAUCUUCGAUCACAUGCUCAAUCCAGUCAUUUUAUUGGUACACAGUCAUAUUAAUUCCAUGUGAUUUUACAAUAGACCUUAACAGGGUGUACCUUGACUCUCGCCCGAAGUCAGCUGGGUGUGGCUCCAAACCCCCAUCCAUCCAUCCAUCCAUCCAUCCCUGAUGGAUAAGUGGUAUAGAUAAUGGAUUUUACAAUAGUAUUAAGUAGGGAUAACCAACCCUUUAAACAAGUACCAAGAUGGAUUAAAAAAAAUGGGUUCUGGGGUCCCUCAGGGGGCCAUAAAACAUAGGCAGGAAGUCCAUGAUUUUUAAAAUACAGAGGUGCAAAUCACAAACUAUUACUGUCAAAUUUAUUGCAUUUAUUAUGAUCUUUUUCUAGCUACUAGUUUUUAUUAAAAUGUCUUUGGAAGUUUCAUACACUUUUUGACAGCCUCUGACUUCGAUCUCACCCUCGAUCAAGACAUUGUAGAUGAUACAACUCUGUCAAAGUAGUUCAACUGAAUGUGCCGAAAACUCUUUCAAAUUAGUCUGUAGCAAAUCUCAUUGUCUCUACAAGGCACUCAGACCUACUGGAAAACAUUUUACGAACUGUCUUUGGGCGAGGCUUUCAAAUACAUAAGCAAUAGUAUUUAUUCUAUAGGAUUUCACAGUCAAAAUCCAAUCAGCCAGUCGAGAAAAUAGAGAAAUGACAAUAGAAAUCUUUUAUUUUGUAUCAUUCUUUCGAAACAUUGUGCCCUAAGUUUUUUUUGUUCUCUUCACCAGGAAAGAAUAUCAAUUUGUUCAUUUCUACUAGAAUGAAUAGAAUAAAACCUUUUCAUCACCACAAAAAUAUACAAUGUAAUCUUAUAUACAGUAGUAUCGACAAACUAUAAAAACUACAAUGGUUUUUCAGAUUUCUACCAGGCACUUGUGCAGACACUAGUAAUGUGUAGUUUAUCUGCAGAGCUUCGAAAUACGAAUGUUUUGUGAGUGUACUGAUGUAUGUAUGUAUGUAUGUAUGUAUGUAUGUAUGCUGGACAAAACAGUUAAGAACAUCACGAAGCUAUAACAGUUUGUGAUUUUGCGAAUAGAUGUGAAGCUGUGUGUAUGUAAUGAUGCAGGCUUUUGUAUAUAAAUAUAUCGAUAUAGUUAUACAGUCCUGUGCAAAAGUCUUAGGCACGUAUAAAGAAAUGCUGUAGACCAAAAAUGGCUUAAAAAUAAUGAAAUGAAAUGUUUCAACAUUAAAAAAAAUACUAUAAACAGUAAUCAGUAAGCCGUAAUAAAUGAAACAAAGUCAGUAUUUGGUGUGAGACGACUCUUUGCUUUAAAAAAAAUUAGUCUCAGGUACAAUGAGUGCAGUUUUAUAAGGAAAUGAGCUGUAGGUUUUACUGAGCAUCUUGCAGAACCAGCCACAGUUCUUCUGGACACUUUGUCACACUCGCUUCUUCAUUUUGCACCAAAACCCAGUAGCCUUCAUUAUGUUUUCUUUUUUAAUCUGAAAAGUGCUCUCUUAUGGAAUAUGCUGCUCAGAUACAAACAUUUUUUUUCCUCUAACAUUUAAUUUUAUGCUGGAAAAAAAAAACCCUGAACGUUUGGAACUCUAAAAUGUUUUUGUACUGACUCGAUAAUGUAGAAGUCAUAAAAUAGAAAUCUAUAACAAAGUUUGUAUGAAAAAAAUAGGGUGCCUAAGACGUUUUGCAUAGUACUGUAUAUUUGCAAGGUUUACUGUAAAUUGUCCUUUACUUUUCACACUUGUAUCUGGAAUCCACCAUGGUCAGAAAAUAGCUUUUGCACUCCUGUGACUCAUUACAAUCUCAAUGCUAAAAUGGAGUGAUAUGGGUGGUACAGUAUUAACAAAUUAUAUAUUUAUCAUUGACCUCACCCCUGUUUUGUAACAUUUCAAUCAUUAAUUAUCAUUUUACUACAACAUCAGAAACAGAUGUUUGCAGAAUUCAAUCCCAUUUAUUACACGUUUCUGGUAAUAAUAAUAAUAAUAAUAAUAAUAAUAAUAAUAAUAAUAAUAAUAAUAAUAAUAAUAAUACACUGUCAUUACCAGAACAACUGCAAACACGACGUUAAACUGAUCCGGAACAUCAUGUGAACAUUGUGAUGAAGGUGCAACAAAAUAAACAGUGACACAAAAA